CUUAUUUUUGAUUGUUUUUCCGGUGUAAACAACAGGUUAGACUAGUGUCUGUGCAUAUUGUGUGAGUAAUGAUCUCUUGUAAUUCUGAUACGGUAAAUUGAAAGCUGAGUUUCAAAUGUGCAUCCCAGUAGACAGAGCUUUCAUUUAAUACCUAAUUUAAUAAUACUGCCAACAUAGAUAACUUUUCUCCUGCAAAAGUAAGGUUGCCACCUGACCAUGGCUACUUUGAAAGUAAAUUAUACUAGAAAUCGGAUACAUUUGUCAACAUUUUUAGUUUUAAAAAAACCCAAAUGUUUUGACUUUUUGGCUGGAGAAGACAAAGUUAUAGUUCAUGUCUUAAUUGUGCAUGAAACCUACUUUCACUUUCGUGUAAUUUUCUUCAUUAUAUGCUGUCAUUUUCAUUUAUGACGCUCACCCAACGAAUUAGUUACUAUAUAGGAGUCAUUCGAAGAGGUUUUAAUAGUUUCUCUAAGUCUGAACCACUAGGCAGAAAAUGCAACAAAGUAGAUGAUAAAAGAUGGAGGAAAACAAUGAAAUCAUCAACUAUACGAAAAGUUAAGAUUUUAUUACUCUUUGCAAGCUGUAAUAAUUUGAACCGAAAAGUUUUAUGUUUCUCAACUGUUAAAUUUAAUUUUGUAGUAUGCACAGACCAUUGGCUCUCGCUGAGAGCUCGGUUCUGUCCUUACAACACCUCGCUUGGAACAAUAUUCUUGGUUGGAAAAGUUGUCUCGCUACACGUACCGCACGCUAUCAAUACCUUUCUAUGUAAUUCAACGUCAGUUAUCACACUUAAGUAUCACACCACAGUGCAGUUUUAGUUAUAGUGUUUAUCUGUUGUCCAUUUCUAGUUUGAAGUAAAUUUUGUGCCUUUUAGAUGGAUUCAACAUUAUUACAUGAGUGGCUUUGUUUUUUUUUUGUUGUUGUUUUGCAGAUGACAAUUUUCUAUAUGCUUCUUUUGAAGUUUCAGCUUCAUGCUUAAUAAAUGAACCCUUUCAGUGUGUCAACCUUUUUUGUUUGUACUUUUAAUCUAUCAUUGCACAUGUAAUUUACAUCAUUAGAUUUGGAAAUGGGUAAAAGAAAACAAACCACACCUACGCAGAUGAGGGAGGAGAAGCGGCAGCAACUUCAGUGGAAUAUGCUGGAUGGAAAUAAUGGUGAUGCAAGCAGUUUUAAUUCUACUGGAUCUCUCCUGAUUAUUCCUGAUGAUGAUCCUAUUCUUCAUCAAGAAGAAGAAGCAGCCAUUUUCUCUCUUGAAAGCAAUAGUGCAAAUAAUUCUUGCACUCAACAAUCUGACUUGAAACAACUUAAUUUUGCAAAGACAAAUUUUUCACCGAAUAAUUAUUGCCCUGUAUUUUCCAAAGAAGUGUAUGAUUUUUUUCAAAGUCCCCAAUCAAUUAUUUUGUUUAAACAACUCCUUGAAGACUGUAUUUUGUGUAUUACAAUCCAUAGCAGCAUAACAGCUAAAGAUGAGGAGUGGCAUUUUGAGAUUGGCAGGUUCAGCUUUAAGCUCCAGCCUCACCCUUGUUUUCAAGCAAACACUGUUAAUCUUCCUGGCAGUAGUUUGUGCUGGUUGUAUAUUUCACAUGUACAAGGAAGACACAUGAUUUAUUUUGAAGACAGUUAUGGAUCUAAUAAUGAGUCUAUACAGAUGUUUUGGCAUCUGGAGCUGAAUGUUGAUAAUGUAUUAGAACUGUUUGAGGGGCUGGAGACCAAACACUUUCAGUUGGUCCGUGGAAGAUAUGACAGUAUGAAAAGGGAGCAAGAAGUGAUUAUCUAUGGCCGAGAGAGCAUAGUGAUGGCCUUGUCAUAUCCUAGUGAAGCAUUCCGUUUGAAACCUGUACAUAAGGCACUAAAGAAAUUGAUGUGUCAUUUCCAUAAUAUUGGUCCUCUUUAUGAUCUGAGCAGCAGACUGAGAACAGAACAGCAUGAUUUUCACCAGCUGUAUGAAGCUGUCAUGAGCAUCCAGCAGUCUACAAAAAUGAAGGCUACUAUAGAUGUACAGCAUCCUGAUCUCAAGCCUUUGCUGAGGCCAUACCAGCGUGAUGCUGUUGUUUGGAUGUUGCAUCAAGAGUGUUUUCUACCCAAGGUUUCAUUGGAUGACCCAGAAUCUUUAUGUGACUUACAUCCGUUGUACGUUGAAAUGAAGACAUCAUGUGGUAAAACCUUUUAUUACAACAGGCAUGGUGGCAGCAUUGUGAAGCAAAGACCAUCAAAGACCAAAACACCCCCAAGGGGUAUACUUGCUGAUGAAAUGGGACUAGGUAAAACUGUGGAGGUACUUUGCCUUAUACUUCUGCACCAGCGUCCACCUCUUCCACCACCCUCUCAACUACCCACUCUUGCUGAGACCCAGUUAGAGGACAAAGGCCCUGAAAAGGAAACAACUGAAAAUGAUGGGCAAGAAGAAUGGUGUAGCACAACUGUUGUGACUGCACUUGAAGCUGUCACACAAGUGUCACAGACAGAAGAAACAUUUCCAGAUUCACCUGUAUCUUCUGGGAAACAGGCAAAAGAGUUAAAUGCAGAGGGUGCUGGCAGCUAUCACACUGUUCAAACGUCAAGCAGUAUUCCACAUAUUUCUGAGAUGCAGAGAGAUAUGAUUUCUUCUGCUCCAAUCAUUUUUGAAAAAUCCGAAUCGAAUCAUGACAUAUCUCUCUCAAUGAGCAGUAAGACAACAAAAGAUAUAAACAUUGACGCCAUGGAGAUUAAACAGAUUUCUGGGCAAGACAGCACUGAAAGUGAAAAAUGCAACACACCAAAUAAUGGCAUGUCACCGUUGACUGCUACUUCUUCAGGCAAGCUACAGCAGCAUCGUAAACUCAUCCAACAGACAGACAGUUUGGCUAACAGUUGCAUUGAGCGAAAGCAGCUGUUUGAAUGUGUGUGUGGAAAGAGCAAAAAUGAGACUAACUCUACACGGAAAAAAAUUAAGAAAGCUCUUCAUGUUGUAGAGUGUGUAGACUGUGGUGCACAGCAGCAUGCUGAAUGCUUAAAUUAUGAUCUUGCUGAUGCCUUCCGUGGACAGUACAAGUGUCCACAUUGCCAUGUGGCUUCUACACCACUUCCAUCUGGAGCAACAUUGAUCAUAUCGCCAUCUCAAAUUUGUGAUCAGUGGGUGGAAGAAAUAAUGAAGCACAUUCAAGUCAAAAGUCUGAAUGUAUUUGUAUACCAAGGUGUGAACAGACAGGGUUUUGUUCAGCCACGCAUGCUUGCUUCACAGGAUAUAGUUGUGACCACGUAUGAAACGCUUUGCAAGGAGCUUGAUUAUGUGGAUCUUCCACACACAAACAGUAAGAAUGGGCGAAGAUUCCGCCAUCCAAAGCGUUUCAUGGCUAUCCCAAGUCCAUUGGUGGCUGUGGAAUGGUGGAGAGUAUGCCUUGAUGAGGCUCAGAUGGUGGAAUGUGUUACAGCAAAGACUGCAGAGAUGGCCCUAAGACUGACAGCUAUCAAUAGGUGGUGUGUAACAGGAACACCUCUUAUUCACAGUGUAGAAGACAUAUAUGGUUUACUACUUUUUCUUGGACUGGAUCCAUACUGUGUGAUGCAAUGGUGGCGGAUUUUGUUGUGGGAACCGUAUUGCCAUGGCUUCCAGUAUCCUUUGCACCAUGCCCUGUCAAAGGUGUUGUGGCGCACUGCUAAAAAGGAUGUGAUUAACCAGAUUUUGCUACCUGAGCAGACUGAACAAAUGUGCUGGUUGACCUUCUCACCAAUAGAGGAUCAUUUCUACCGGCGAUUGUAUAACAAAUGCUUUGAUCAGGCCAUGAGGAAUUUGUCAGGAAGAACAGAUCUGUCAACAAAGCUUAACACCAUGGAUUCAGGAACUUUGAACAAGUUGCUGCAACCACUGCUUCAUCUGCGUCAGGCCUGCUGUCAUCCACAGGUUGUGCGAGGAGCUUUCAUCCCAAUACAUGACAGUAUGCUGACCAUGGAAGAGUUGUUAGAAUCUUUGAUCAAGAAAACAAGGUACGAAUGUGAGGAAGCCCACAGGGGGAAAGUUGCUGCCAUGAAUGGGCUUGCUGCUUUGCAGAUCAUCCAGAAACAGCCAAAGGAGGCUGUGGAGCUGUAUCGCGAGGUACUGCAGUCUGUGGAAGAGUGUAAAGCAGAGCUAGGCACUGACGAGCUCCAACAGUUGCAUGCAAUGUUCAACCUUGAAGAAGUUCUAGCCACCAAACCACAAGGUGUUGCUCCCACACUUCGUGACCACCAGCUGGCUGCCCAGUGCAAAGAGGUACAGAAGAAAUAUAUGAUGAAAGCAGAGACAUAUGUAGCCACAAGCCAUGAGCAGUUUUCUUCUUGUGAAAACACAAUUCAGGAACUACAACAAGAGUUGGAUGAAGGCACUGACUGGUGGCUGGAGGUGAUAGACUGGGCUGCAGAGAGAGAGAUGGGAGGAGAGCUAGUUCUGUGGGUACGCGAUAACCUUGCAGAUCACACUUCACCAUACUUUGGAGCCUCAAUCCUCAGCUUUCGAGACACAACAAGUUUACAGUAUAUAAUAGAUACCCAGCUGCAAGGGCUGGAGUCAGCACGAAAUUGUCUACUUCGAGAUCUCAAAAAGCUCAACAAAAAAGGGGGCUUAACUCCAGACGUCAUCAACCAGACGGUGGAGUGUUGCCUUCGUCCUUCCAAUGAGAUUUUGAAAAGCUGCCCUUUUUGCAAGGUUGAAAGUCUGCUGACAAAUUACGAGUCCAAAUUGUUCGCAUUUAAGGAAGGGUCUGUGUUUGGGUUUCUUGAUGUGGACAAUCCUACACAUAAGGUCAACACUAUUCGUAGGGGAACAUGGGCUGAUGGUCAGACUGAACUGGCUUUGAAGUCCAUCCUAUCAUUUGGACGAACAAAAAGAAUGCAAGGUCAGAGCCUUCAUUUUGGAUCAGUUCAUAUCAAACUUUUAGAUGGACUGAAAAAGGAAUUUAAGCAAUUGCGUGUGCUAUGGAUGGCUCUGCGUGAGCAUGUCUCUGCCAUUGAUGAGCUCAAGAUGGCCACUAUUCGUCUGCGCAUCCGACAUCCAGAUGAGCCACGAACUAAUAGGACAGAAGUCAAUAUUCUAGAGCCAACAGAGGUUGAGGCCCAUAAACAAAAGCUGAUGACAGACAAAAUUGUCAAUCAAGGAGAGUUGCAGAAGAAGCUGGGGCAGCUCAUGUAUCUGAAAAACCUGGCUAAGUCCCAACACACAGUGUCGGAAGGCAAAAACCCAGAACCCUGUCCUGUAUGCCAACAUAAACUAGGACAUAAGUGGAGUGUCUUGCGGUGUGGUCAUUGCUACUGUAUGGACUGCAUUGACACCUUGCUGACGCGCUUACCCCAGAUAGGUUUUCGCACCAAAGCUGUCAAGUGCCCUAUGUGUCGUGAGAUGACUCCAGAGACACAGAUCUCUUAUGUCAGCAUGCAGCCAUGGGCCCUCAUUGAUGCUGUUGAUUCUGGUGUAUCUGUGAAAGGCAGCCAUUCCAGCAAAGUUACUGCAGUAGUCCAAUGUCUUUUGAACAUCAGGAAAUCAGAGCCAGAUGCUAAAACUUUGGUCUUUUCCACAUGGACAGAUGUGUUGGAUGUGAUUGGAAAAGCUCUGGAAGAGAACAGCAUUACAUAUACAACUUUACAUAGUGUUGGAAAUGUUCAGAGAAGGAACCUGUCUUUAUUUAAGGAGAAACAGGAGCUGUCUGUGUUGCUGUUGCCCUACCACUCAGGUGCUAAUGGCUUGAAUCUGAUUGAAGCAACUGCUAUAUUGGUGGAACCAAUCUUGAACCCAGCACAGGAGGCACAGGCUAUUGGCCGCAUUCAUAGGAUUGGACAGACCAGAAAAACCAAGAUUCAUCGGUUUUUCAUUCGUCGAACCAUUGAAGAGCGCAUCCAUACUUUAGUAGAGUCAACUUUGCGCCCUGCUGCAAUAUCAGCCGAGAAAGCCCCGGCUGUGAUCGACGACACGAUGACGAUCGGCCAGCUGAUCUCUCUAUUUCAGGAUACCCGUAGGGACGAUCAUGGUGAUGAUGAAGACAUGAAUGAUAUCGAGCAGACGGGCAAUGUUGACCAGAGAGCAGCAAGCAGCGAUGUCAGCAACAUGGAGACUAUAAGCGGUCAUAGGAGUGAUGUUUAGAAUUCCAGCAGCAGUGGUGACAUCAUCUUCCAGUGAUGCUAUCAACAAGGAGUCGAUGAUCAAAGUGAGAGAUCAUGCUUCGCAGCCCCAAAACCGACAAGUUACAAGGCUACAUUUGAUGCGUGAAGAUCGACAAAACUGCAGCAUUUUUGUUGUUUCGCGACCUUGUAAAAGUGAUAAUAUUUUUAGGAAAGUCAUAAACCCAAAUAUGUCAGGCCCUUAACACCUCACUCCCCUACCACCGUAAGGUCAGGGGGCUACUAUUAUCUUUGAUGUAUUUAAAUCUUCAAAUUUUUCCUAGGCCAGUUAUGGGGAGUGAGUGUCGGAGAGAGAAGGCGAGAAAGAAUUUAAACAUCUAUGAACACAAAAAGUGAUUGUUGAAGUCUAUUCGUGUCCUAAAUAAUAAUGUCCAAUUUCUUGCACGAAGAUAAUCGUUUUCACGUGUGCUUGAAAUUGUAUCAAAAGAAAUCAGAGGAUGAUCUUUAUAUAUAGAAGAAAUCUUCCUUACAUUGCAUUAUGAGAAUGGGGACAUCAAAGUCAAGGAUUUUUUUUUUUUUUUUUUGUAAUUUUAAAGCUGUGCCCAGACCGGAUAUUGAUUUACUUUACCCAUGGGCAUCUUUGCAGCUGCUUUAUAACUGUGACUUCAGGAGUAAAUCAACACCCGCGAGGUCUGGACAUCUCUUUUAUAACCAAGGACAUAAAAAAGGCUUACCCUGGCCUCUCCAUUCUGCCCCAUGGCAGUCACGUCUAUUCUCUUCUUAACUGCAGCCCAGGCGAGAAACACAACAAUUUUUUCCUAAUUACAUGUGCAUGUAGUUCUUUGUAUAGUAGGACUGUGUUCGUCCUAUUUGUAUCCAUAUGUGCAGCGAAGGGUCACUGAAAACAUUUUAAGCCUGUUACCUAACAGAAUCUAAAGCUUUAGAAUGUCUAACCACGUUGUCAGACUGUCUGAUACAGCUAAUCCAGAUCGUCAAGAAAAAUCACGUGUCAUUUGUAAAACAAACGGCUAGCAGGUCCAAGGCUAGAGAGGUUAAUUGUGGGACAAAGGCUUACACCACAGUCCAAUGUACAGUUAUCUGACAAUAAACCUUCGGCUGUUGUAUAAUUGUCUCUUGUAUAAUUCUAGUGUUCCAGGCUCAGAUAUCGGCAGCGUGAAACUCUUUACCAUGAGUUUGUACACGAGUUUGUACAAUGCAUGUACUCAGGAUUGUUUUUCCUACCGCAUAGAGAAUAUUUUCCUACUGAGAUUCAGUUGGUCUUCAUCCAUUGCUGUACUUUCGUUGAAAAGUUUAUCUACACUACAUUUCCACUACGCUUGUAAAUCGUAUCUGCUCCCCAUUUUCAUGUUAUCGUUUGUUUCUCGCUGUUUCUGGUGGGUGGCGGCACGUGUCUGAAUAAAAUCUCUUGUUCGGAUUUUGAUGAAGGCUCCCACAUGCCGAAGACUUUUUAAUAUUGUCAGUAAUCAGACGCACGUCCGGAUACAGUCCGCGUGCAGUGUUCCGGACUCCCACUCAAUAACGCUCGGCAUCUGUUCUUUGGACUUCACACCCGCAUUUACGUACGUGUCUUUGACAAAGUUGUAUACAGAGGGUCUGCUGUAAAUAGAAAAUACUUGUAUACUUCUGCUAUUUCAAAAAUAAAGAAUUGGUUAAAAGAUAUGGCAGAGAUCAAUGAGUGAUCACAAAAUGUUUUUAAAAUUGGAAAAUGCUCAAUCGUGCAUGUUCUUAGAGAACCAGAUAUUAUGUACACAGUAAAUUCCUUUUUAGCGACCCAAAAAGCAGCCACACAUAGACAGCCAGGAUGUUUAUGUUGUAUUUCGCCACUGUGCUGGAAUACCGAAUAGUACACUCAGCAAUGGUCAUAUGUAGACCUCAAUUAUUUUCACUGAAUAAAUUAAAUUUUCAAAUGUA